ACCACUCACACCUUGUCCCCGACCACCACUGACACGUCGUCCCUGACCACCAAUGACACCACGUCCCCGCCCACCAACGACACCUUGUCCCCGACCACCACUGACACGUCGUCCCCGACCGCCAAUGACACCACGUCCCUGACCACCGCUGGCACCUCAUCCUUCACCAGCAGCCCCGCCAGCCACAGCGCCAGGACCACCACCAGCGCCACUAACCACAGUGUGGAGCCCGUCACCUCCUCCAAUCAUAAGACGUCUCCCCAGUUGUCCAUUAGGAUCUCCUUUUUCUUCCUGUCCUUUUCCAUUUCGAACCUUCAGUUUAACUCUUGUCUGGAAGAUCCCAACACCGGCUACUACCAGGAGCUGCAGAGAAACAUUUCUGAGUGGUUUUUGCAGGUUUAUAAUCAGGAAGAUUUUCUGGGCCUCUCCAACAUCAAGUUCAGGCCAGGAUCUGUGGCGGUAGAAUGCACCCUGGCCUUCCGACAGGGCACCACCGAUGCCCUCAACGUGAGGACACAGCUUGACGAGCACAGAGCAGAAGCAGCCAGAUACAACAUGUCCAUCUCGAGUGUCCGUGUACGUGACGCGUCAUUUCCUUUCGCUGCUGGGUCCGGGUCUGGGGUACCCGGCUGGGGCAUCGCCCUGCUGGUGCUGGUGUGUGUCCUGCUGGCACUGGCCAUCGUCUAUCUCGUUGUCCUGACCGUGCGUCAGUGCCGCCGGAAGAACUGUGGGCAGCUGGACCUCUUUCCGCCCCGCGACGCCUAUCACCCUAUGAGCGAGUACCCCACCUACCAUACCCACGGGCGCUACAUCCCCCCUGGGAGUACCAGACGCAGCCCCUAUGAGGAGGUCUCCGCGGGCAACGGCGGCGGCAGCCUCGCUUACACGAACCCGGCGGCCACCUCUGCUGACUUGUAGGGCGUGUUGCCUGCCCGCGUCCAGCCGGUGCCAGCUGCCUCCCCCGGGCCCCUUGCUGCCAGGCCUCUCCUCUCAGCUCCGUCCCGGGCUGGUGAGCUGGCAGUUCAGCUUGGGCCACUCACAGGCCCCACCACGUCCCCUCACCGGCCUGGGCCCUGCCGAAACCCAUUGGAGCCCCUUGGGGACAAGCCUGGGACAGUGGCUCCCAGGAAAACAGGCCCAGAGAGCCCUGAGAGGGAAGUUAGCCCCAGAAUGUGGCUGAAUAAAACGUGGACCCCCUCUGUGCUGCCA